GAAGUGACGUCCGCGUGACGUUUUUCCUGCUGCUGCGCAACCGUAGACUCUGCGUAAUUUAGGUAAGAGGUGUAUCCUCGUGUCCGCAGAGAAGGGCUUACACAAUCAGCGAGGAUGUUGCUGUGGGUGCUGGCUGUGCUGCUUCUGCUCUUCAGCUGUCUGGAUGUGUGGUACUUCCUGCGAACGGCGGCGGCGUUUCUCAGGGGGUUUGUCCUGCCGGUUCAGGACAUCCUGGCAGAGCAGGUCGUGGCGGGGCGAGUAUUGCCCCAUGACAUCGAUCACAUGGGACACAUGAACAACGCCCGAUAUUUACGGGAGUGCGACUUCGCCCGAUUCGACCUUUUCAUGCGGAACAGGUUGUUCAAGGCCAUGUGGGCACUGCGGGGCAGCAUAGUGGUGGGGGCGUCGACCAUCCGCUACCGACGCUCGCUGGCGCUGGGCGAGGCCUUCGAGCUGCGCAGCCGCAUCAUCGGCUGGGACGACAAGUCCUUUUACGUGGAGCAGCGGUUCGUCUCCUGCGCAGACGGCUUCGUCUCGGCAGUCGUGCUGUGCAGACAGAACAUGCCGCGCACCAGCCCAGACAAGAUGGUGCAGUUCCUGUGCAAGAAGAAGGUGGAGAGCCCUGAGUUCCCAGAGGAGCUCCAACACUGGAUCAACUUCAUCAAUACCAGCAGUCAGGCCCUGAGAGCAGAGAACAACACGGAGGAGAAGAACAAGUGAACGAACACACACACACAGACCUUCCUUCAAAAACAUUCAUGCAUGUCUUAACAGCUUCACCACCAACACUCCCACAGUGACUGCAAAGCUCGCAUGUGCACAACAUUCUCUCAGACAGAUGACAUCACUAUGACAUCACUGAUCACACAAUGUUCUAUCAGACAGAUGACAUCACUGAUCACACAAUGUUCUAUCAGACAGAUGACAUCACUGUGACAUCACUGAUCACACAAUGUUCUAUCAGACAGAUGACAUCACUGUGACUAAAGUCAGAACUUUAUUGCUUUCGAUUGCCAGCAGUGAUUGUGACAUCAGCAUUAGAAUGUUCGGUUCAGAACAUUCUAAUCACAUAUUCCUGACCUUACGCCUUCAAAGGUUAAAGGGUUCUUAAUCCGAUCUCACCGCUGCAUUUACACUGGGGCGACAUAGCUCAGGAGGUAAGACCGAUUGUCUGGCAAUCGGAGGGUUGCCAGUUCAAACCCCGCCCUGGGCGUGCCGAAGUGUCCUUGAGCAAGACACCUAACCCCUAACUGCUCUGGCGAAUGAGAGGCAUCAGUUGUAAAGUGCUUUGGAUAAAAGCGCUCUAUAAAUGCAGUCCAUUUACCAUUUACACUGCCUUCCCUGGGGUGAGGUGAGAUCACAGGCGAUGUUUCUUCCUUACGAACGUACCCAUUCAUUCCUGUUUUUUUUUAAUUUAUUUUUUUUAAAAUUUCUCUUGAGGAGAAAUCUAUUUUGGGGUCAUCCGAAUUUACCAGUUCCCCUAUGUGAGAUUUGAACCAACAGUAUCCAGGGAAUAGGUCUGGUUCAUGCCCCUGUAUUCCAAGGGAGUGUGUUAACUCUGAAGUCUCAGCGAUGUGUCUCCGUAUUAGUAUCAUUUAAAUGGGUAUUUACUGAAGUGGGAUAUGAUGUAAAAAAAUAAAAUGAAUUUCAGUACUGUAUGUUGGCGAGAAAUAUAUAAUGUAUCAAUAUGAAAUACUGUCUGCUUGUUUCUGUCUCUGGAUCUGUACUCUAUAUUGCUGUAAAAAGAACAAACUGGUUUUGAGAAUGCAGUGAUUAAUUAAAGUUGUACUCACAGCA